AUGGAGGAGCAGGGCAAGCCGCAGCCCGCCAGGGUUGUGACGGCGAACAAGCUGCUCCACUCCGUCCUACACGGCAGUUCGCCGCUUCUUCCACCCAUGUUAAACGGCGUUAAGCCGAAGAAUGAACCGGGGAAGGCGGUGUUGUUGGAGUCGAUUGAGGAUGACCAGGUUUGGUUCACCUACAUUAAGGCUUCCAAGGAUGGAGGGCUGCUGGAGGAGGCAUGUCGUGUCUUUCCUAACUAUUGGAAGGCCCAUCACCGCUGUGCGCUGUACCACGUCUACCACAAGCAGACGCGUAAGGCCUUCGACGCCUACGUCAGUGCAAUGAAGGAGAUGGAUGAUUACGACCUCUACAUAUGCUACCUCAAGUUCCUCUACUGCAUGGCUUCAGUACACGAGUAUAUCGCAGGGCUCUUCACCGCGGUGGACAAGGUUGGCAUGGACCUGCGGUCCGACCCGCUGUGGAGGGAGCUGAUUGUAGUGCUGGUGAAGAUCUACAACUGCAACCUCAUGGACCACAAUGUGCACACCGGAUUGCUGCCAAACCUCUUCCCUCCCGACUCCGAAACGGUGUCGGUAUCGAUCCCUCUGUACCCGUCCGAAACGGAGCAGGUGGUCUUUCGCGGCGUGAACAGCCUGGACAAGGGCGAGCAGACCUACGUGCAGCUAUACGGCGACGUGAACCACAUUCGUAAGAUGUUCCACAGGUGGCUACGGUCGCCUACUAACAACCUGAAGCAAGCCCUGGAUGGCUAUUCGGCCUUCGAGAAUAUCGCAAGCGCAGCCAAUGUGCUUUGCACGAAGCUGCUCUCUGAGGCCAAGACAACCUAUGAGACGUCGGUUGCAGUAUAUGAGAAGCUCUCCGGGAUGUACAGAAAUGUGCUUCCUGCGCAGCCCGCCAGGAGGCGCCAGCUUAACGCCGAGCAAACGGCCGAACAGCAGCGUCAGGUCGGGUUCUGGACAGAGAUCAUUAAGUACGAGGAGAGCAACCCCCUCGGCCUUCCCGCCUCCGAACUGGCCGCCAGGGUCUUAUUCACGCUCCGAGGCGCCUUGUCGCCGCACAUAUUCUCAGACAGCCUUUGGUACAUGUACUUCCAGUUCCUGCUGGCGAACGACCGGCGUGAGAAAGCUGUCGAAACGCUGCGUUACGCGAUACGCAACUACUUGCAGGACGACGGAAAGAUGCAGUUUGUACUGGCUGCCUAUUUGGACGACGGCGGCGAGUCCGCGGCCACAGAGUUCGGGAGGCUGAUAGACCCCGGUCUGCGCCUCGUUGAGGAUGGCGAGACCGGCGCCGACGAGACGCAGCUGCGGCACAUCCUGCGGUUCGACGCGUCGGACUCCUCCACCGCGGUGCAGCCGGCCAGGCUCAUCCACUACCUCAACUACGUCCGUCGCAACCUGGGGCGCGUGAAGUGGCACGAAGACCUGCAGGUGAUCCUCACUAAGCGCGAGCUGCUCAGCUGGGAGCUGUACUGGUACGCGGCCGACACCGAGGUCCGUUGCUUCGGCGACGUGGACGCCGCAGCCGCCUUCCUCAGCGAGGCCCAGCAGAGUCUGCCCUUCGACAUGCACUACACCAUGCUUCACCUGAGGUUCCUGCUCAACAUGGGUCGUCUCGUAGAUGCACGUGUGCUGCUGACCCAGCUUGUGGUGGGCGCGAAUGUGGCUGGUGAGACCAAGUGCAAACCAACCGCGUCCGAUAAAAUCGCAUUGUGGCACUUUUGGCUCCACACGGAGUAUUUCUACGGAACCAAGGCGCAGUUCACGCAAGUGAGAUCGCUGUUCGUGCAGUUCCGCGUCGCGUCUGAGGUGGGCUUGGACGUCUUCGCGGAGAAGUCGCACCGCAACGGCGUCAGCACCAUUCGCCAGAUCUUCGGCAACAUAGGCCCUUCUUUCAUAAAAGCCCACAUGGAUUCCAGCAAGCGGGUGGCAACUGCGGACAUGCACGCUGUGGUAGAGCUGCGCAAGCACCUUUUCUGCGUCGGCCUGGAAUACGACGACCUGGACAGGGUCUUCUUCUUCGCCACCAGGCGCCCCGAGGUCGCUGUGGAGAAAGCCGCCAGCUCCGAAAAGGAGGCCGAGAAGUACAUAUCGCCGUCCAACUUCGCGCAUCGUUCUGAACCCGACCAGGACAGCACCCGCCGCCACGUGUUCAUCACCAGACCCGACGUGGCCGCGCUUGCUCCGCUCGACCCCCACAACGUCAUCCCCGUUGAGUCUAUGAUCACGUUGCACGGCGGCAAACGCCCGCCGCUGCCCGAUGCGGCCAAACCCAUGGAUACAGUCGCCACUCCGCCGAAGGUGCUCUUCGACUUGCUGCGCGUGCUGCCCAACCCCAACCCCAGGGGACCUUUCCCCAAGAUGUACGGAAACGCUGAAGCCAUAGACCACCUGAUACGCUCGCUGGAGUGCGCCGGCUUAAAGGACGUGCAACUUCUGGACUACCAGCCGAUCCCCGUGAACCAGCUGCUGCACCUGAAGAAAGUCGGUGCAUCCGACAGCCAAAACAUCGAGGAGUCCGUCGAGUCCGCCGCCAAAGAGGGCGCCUUUGAGCUAAACAACGGACUGUUUUCGAUCCUCCGCUUCGUCGAGGGCCACGUAGGCGCGGACGAAGCCAGCCGCUUGAGGGCAAAGCGAGCGUCUAAGAAGCAGAAACUAGCUAUAUGA